CCCCGCAUGUGGCAGGGGGUUGGAGAUUCGUGAUCCUUGAGGUCCCUUCCGACCCUGGCCAUUCUGUGAAGGAUGGGGACGAGGAGCCCCAGUCUUUGCCCUCUCCGAUGCUGACAGCAGCGGGGCCGACCCGGGGGGCUGCGACCUGCUCUGCACCGCACGGAGCUGUGCGGGGCUGUGCGGGGCGGGGCCGCUGGCGGUGCCGCUGCGCGGGGCGGUCCCGCAGCCUUCCUGCGCCCGACCACCUGAUCCGCUCCGCCCGCCGCAGCCGCAGCCUUUGUGUGUGCGGUGCGGCGGUGCGGGAUGGCGGCGGGAGGAGGGCGGCCGCCGGGCCCGGGUUCCUCGCUGGAGCCCUACGUGCAGACCCGCAUCUUCAAAAUCAUCGUCAUCGGAGAUUCCAACGUGGGCAAGACGUGUCUGACCUUCCGCUUCUGCGGGGGCACCUUUCCCGAUAAGACCGAGGCCACCAUCGGCGUGGACUUCAGGGAGAAGACGGUGGAGAUCGAGGGGGAGCGCAUCAAGGUGCAGGUGUGGGACACGGCCGGGCAGGAGCGGUUCCGGAAGAGCAUGGUGGAGCAUUACUACCGCAACGUGCACGCCGUGGUCUUCGUGUAUGACGUCACCAAGAUGACGUCAUUCACCAACCUCAAGAUGUGGAUCGAGGAGUGCAACGGGCACGCCGUGUCCCCCCUCGUCCCCAAAGUGCUGGUAGGGAACAAGUGUGACUUGAAGGACCUGAUCCAAGUGCCGUCCAGCAUGGCCCUCAAAUUCGCCGACGCUCACAACAUGCUGUUGUUCGAAACCUCAGCCAAGGACCCUAAGGAGAGCCAGAACGUGGAGUCCAUCUUCAUGUGCCUGGCCUGUCGGUUGAAGGCGCAGAAAUCGCUGCUCUAUCGCGAUGUGGAGAAGCGGCCGGGCCGGGCGCAGAAGCUGGAGCAGUCGCGCGACGCCCACGGUAAAAGCGCGUGUCCGUGCUGAGCGCCUUCAAUAAAGUCUGUGCGGAGCCCUG